AUGGCCGCCUUCACCUCCAAUACCACACAAGUCUUGACAGACGCCAUCGAGUCUCUGUCAAAGAACCUCAGCCAUGACGACUAUAUCCUCCUUCCCCUAGUCAUCUUGGGAACUGCCUUUGUAAUUAACAAGGGUAGCAUCCUUCCCAAGAAAGACCCCCUCUAUCACAUGUGGUUUCAGCGACCUCAAGCAGCUCAUGGCUCUGGGAUUGAAACUACAAAAAGAUCGCGCAAUGUUGCCGAUCUCAUCAAAGAGGCCAAUGCAGACUUGGUCAUCUUUUGGGGUUCCCAGUCUGGCACUGCUGAAGGAUUUGCCCAUAGACUCGCUCGAGAAGCCCAUCAGCGGUACAAGCUCACCGCAGUGGUGGCAGAGUUGUCUGACUACGACGCCGAGUCUCUCUCUCUCAUCCCAAGCACGACACUUGCCAUCUUCAUCAUGUCCACAUAUGGCGAGGGCGAUCCUAGCGACAACGCCCAAGACUUUGUUACCUGGACCCAUUCCGCCUUCAGCGUCAGCCUCAACCACUUGAAGUUCGCUGCCUUUGGUUGCGGAAACUCCAACUAUCGAUACUUCAACAAGACAAUUGAUGAGGUGGUUACCGCUCUUGUCAAGUUCGGUGCUAUCCCCCUCGUGCCCACCGGCAAGGGCAAUGAGGCAACACGGACAACCGAGGAGGACUUCAUGGACUGGAAAGAGACUCUCUUCUCCACUCUGGCAGCCGAGCGUAGCCUGACCGAGGUUGAAGCCGCCUACGAGCCCGAGGUGGAGAUUAUCGAGGGAGAGACUAUCCCACACGAAGAACUUCUUCUUGGAAAUCCCUUCCACAAGACUGCGUCCAAGGCUGGGACCACAAAUUCGGAUAUUGUGCCAGUCUCGGUUGUCGCUCGCACAGAGCUGGCACGAUUUGCUGAACAAGAUCGCUCUUGCAUCGAGGUCAAGGUCGACUUGACGCCUCACUUACAGGUCAAGUAUAAGACUGGUGAUCAUAUUGCCGUUUGGCCCGAGAACUCUCCAAAGGAGGUCGACACUCUCAUCCGUCUUCUAGGCCUAGAGGCGAAGCAAUCCAACCCCAUCCGAAUCAAUGCCAAAUCCGGCUACGACGAUCCCAAGGUGCCCAACUCGACGACGAUUGAAUCCCUGUUCCGCCACUACUUGGAGAUUUGCAGUCAUGUUCCUCGAGAGACAGUCUUGUCUCUAGCUCGCAUGACUCCCAGCAGUGUUGUCAAAAAGGAGCUUCAGGCCAUCAGCAAGGACAGAGAGACUUACUCUGCCUUCUUGAAUUCCAACCAUGUGACCUUCUCUCGACUGCUGGCAUACGCUUCAUCUAUUGACUCCUCCAUCUCUUGGGCAGAUCUUCCGCUUUCGUUCGUCAUCGACUCUCUUCAGCCCAUGCAACCACGACUGUAUUCUAUCUCCAGUUCCAGGAUCACCUCUCCUCGCCAAGUUACUCUCACAGUCUCUGUCAAACCCUCCACAGUCGUUGGCAAACCCGACAUUCUCAUCCCCGGAAUUACCAGCUCUUUCCUCUCAAGGACAACUCCUAGCGACGAUGUGGCUGCCACUCAAUCCACCCUGCUGAUUCAGAUUCGACCCUCGACUUUCAAGCUCCCAAUAAACACCUUGACUCCUCUGGUCAUGGUUGCGGCUGGAACGGGAAUUGCCCCAUUUCGGGCCUUUGUGCAGGAGCGUGCAAGACUCGCAUCAGUUGGUCGCGACGUCGGAAAGAUGGUUCUCUUCUUUGGAUGUCAAAACGAGUCCGACUACUUGUACUCUCAAGAAUUCCAGGAGGCAACCUCUGGUUCAUUGGCAGGAAGGCUUGAGAUGAUACCGGCAUUUUCUCGAGCGGGUGGGAAGAAGACAUAUGUCCAAGACAAAGUUCUUCAGCGACAAGAGGAGAUCUUGGGUCUGCUACAAGAUCAGGACGCCGCGUUCUACAUUUGUGGUGCUGCAACAAUGGCCAGGGAUGUAGGGGAUGUGUUGGGUGAGGCUAUCAAGCAGAAGAAUGACUGGUCUGAUGCCCGGGCGGAAAGCUGGCGGGCAGAGAAGAAGAAGGGAAACCGUUGGUUUGAAGAUGUUUGGAGUUGA